AUGAUCCUCCCCUCGGCCCUCGUGGUCGCGCUGUCGUUACUCCCUGCGAAGGGCGCUGCGAAGGCGCCCAGUGCUGCGCCUAAGGAUGACCCAGCGCUUCUGCGUCGCGCGUGUCCCGACUUCACGACCUAUGCGGAGAUUCCACAUCCUCCGUACAGCGGCGGUCCGCUCAACCUCCCCUUCCAGCGCCCUGCGGUAGAAUGCAGGACCUUUGCGUCCCCGCUGGUCGAGCGGGUGAUCGACGACAUCACUUCGCGCAUGGUGGACAAGGAUCUGGCUCAGCUCUUUCGCAAUGCGUUUCCGAACACGCUGGACACGACCAUCGCCUGGCACACCAACGGGUCGUCGACUGACACCACCACGUCCGCGAAAGCGAAGAGCCAGCGAGACAGCUCUCAAUGGCAGGGGCCACAGACGUUCAUCGUGACAGGGGACAUCAUGGCCGAGUGGCUGCGUGAUUCGACCAACCAGUUGGCGCCGUACCAGGCGCUGGCGAAAAAGGAUGCGGCCCUGUACACGCUCAUACUGGGCGCCAUCAACACCCAGGCCGAAUUCGUCAUCCAGUCGCCGUACUGCAAUGCCUUCCAGCCGCCGCCUCCCAGCGGGCUCCGUCCGUCUUCGAACGGACAGCAGGACACGGUCCAUCCUGCGUACGACCCCUCCGUCGUCUUCGAGUGCAAGUACGAGCUCGACUCGCUGGCCCAUUUCCUGGCUCUGGGCAACCAGUUCUACGAAGCCACCGGGUCGACCGAGUUCCUGACGAGCCGGUGGUACAAGGCGCUGAAGACGCUGCUGGACGUGCUGGAUGCCGAGUCGCAGCCCACCUUCAACGACAAAGGGCAGUUUGUGACCAAUACCUACACGUUCCAGCGCGUUACUUCUGCGGGGACAGAGACGCUGAGCCUGGGCGGAGUGGGCAAUCCCUUGAAUUCCGGCACGGGGCUCAUCCGCAGUGCCUUCCGGCCGAGCGACGAUGCCACGAUAUUCGGCUUCUUCAUCCCCCCGAACGCCAUGAUGUCCGUGCAGCUCGGGAAGACAGCCGAUGUGAUCGCGGCCGCGGGCGGCGACAAGCGCCUGGUGAGCGAUCUGCGCCAGCGAGCCCGCAACCUCCGCAACGCGGUGCUGGAACACGGCGUGACGAACCACAAGAAAUACGGUGACGUCUACGCGUUCGAGGUGGACGGGUACGGGUCCAGGCUGUUGAUGGAUGACGCCAACAUCCCUUCACUGCUGUCCCUCCCGCUGCUGGGCUUCGUGGACCAGAACGACGUCGUCUACCAGAACACGCGGAAGAUGAUCCUGGAGCAAGCCGGCAAUCCUUACUAUCUGACUGGGUCUGCAUUCCAAGGAAUCGGCGGGCCGCACAUCGGCCUCAAAAACGCCUGGCCAAUGUCCCUCCUCGUGCAGGCACUGACCUCAGACUCCGACGCCGAGAUCGCGCACUGCAUCGAGCUAGUCCGCAACUCGAGCCGUCUGGGCCUCGUGCACGAGUCGAUCGACGUGAACAACAUCACCGACUACACGCGCUCGUGGUUCGCGUGGGCCAACUCGCUGUUCGCGCAGACCAUCCUGAAGCUGGCGGAGACGAGGCCGCAUUUGGUUUUUGGGAAGGGUGCGGGUGGGUAUAGGGUUGGGUGA